AUGACAGGGUUGGUCUUGCCAUCCCCUAGUGCUCAUGUGGUGGUGUUCCCUCACAUGGCUCAGGGACAUGCACUCCCUCUACUAGACAUAUGCAAGGCCCUCACAAGUCUCGGUGUCAAAGUCACCAUCAUCGCCACCCCAAAGAAUGCCCCACUCAUUCUAUCAAAGGUUUUGAACUACUCCGAAAUCUCCUUGCGCACCAUUCAGUUUCCUAGAGUCCCAGAGCUUCCUGAAGGAUGCGAGAACACUGCCGAUCUUCCUUCCAUGGCUCUGUUGGUGCCUUUCUUGAAAGCCACCGAGUCCAUGAGACCCGCCUUUGAAUGUGUUCUCAAGGAGAUGUUGGAAGCCCGGUCUCGCCCACUCUGCGUAAUUUCUGAUUUCUUCCUGGGAUGGACGCUCGAUGUGUGUCGGUCUUUCGGAAUUCCUAGGAUUGUCUUCCAUGGGAUGGGGAUUUUGUCUAUGGUCAUAACGAAAGGUGUCAAUGAGAAUGUCCCAUCCAUCUUGGCAAUGCCUGAUUCCGAUCCUAUCGAAUUGCCGAAGUUGAGUAUUCCUUUCACUGUUAAUAAGUGCGACAUCACCAUUUUAGAGAGGUGCGAAGACCCAAAUGACUCUUUCUUGUCUAUACUAGCAGCAAUUGGAGAGGCGGAUGCGAAUAGUGAGGGGGUUAUCGUCAACAGCUUCGAAGAGCUUGAAGGUGAUUAUAUUGUUGCCCUGGAAAAAUUUUACUGCCAGGGGGCAAGAGCUUGGUGCAUUGGGCCGGCUUUGCUCUAUGACCAGAAUCAAAUAGAGAGGCCUGUGGGAUCCAAACAAGCAGACCCAUCUCAGUCCUACAUCGAGUGGUUGGACGAGCGUGUUGCAAGCGGCAGAGUGAUGUAUGUAUCAUUCGGAACACAAGCACACUUGAGUGACAUGCAGAUGGACAAUAUAGCUCACGGACUGCAGAUGGCAGGGCAUCUGUUCAUAUGGGCAGUGAAAUCGGCAACGUGGGUGUCGUCGGACAAUGGAUGGGAGGAUCGAUUGAAAGGGAGGGGCUUGAUCUUGCAUAACUGGGUGGACCAGCGGCGCAUCUUGUCACACCCGGCAGUAGGCGGGUUCUUAAGUCAUUGCGGUUGGAACUCCGUGUUGGAAAGCUUGGCCAUGGGGGUGCCAAUACUGGCAUGGCCGAUGGGUGCUGAGCAGCCAUUUAAUGCUAAGCUUGUGGUGACGGGGCUCAAGGCCGGGGUGAUGGUGAGAGAAAGUGGUGUCGGAGGGACAGUUGCUAGUGAGGUGAUAAGGGAUGGAGUUAAGGAGUUGAUGGGAGGGGAGAGAGGAAGGCAGGCUAGGGACAGGGCAAGAGAGAUUGGUAGAUUGGCAAGGCAUAAGGCGCUUCCAUCCCAGCAUCGUUUCGGCGAGGGCAAAAGUGUGAUCAUCAUCAUGAAGUAUCCUAGCAGCGCAUUCAGGGGUGGAGUAAUUAGCUGCACAGUGAGGGUGCAGUUAGAGAUCACUCUCCUUAAGGUAGUAGCAGAAACCACUUACUACCAAGCGGGCGGGUCGGCAGAAAUAGAUGAGAAGCUUGCAAUUCUAUGCAAACAAGAGGAGACAUUGAAAGCAAGACUAGAGGAAUUUGUGCCCGAAAUAAAGCCACUCAAAGAUGAGCGUGCUCAAUAUCUUGCAUCUCGUCUAGAAGCUCUUGCUCAUUCAGAAGGUUGA